AUGAGCAGUGACGAUCGAGUUGUUGGCUGGAACAAGGCCAACGGAUUAUGGGGAAAACGAUCAGCAUCGUUCGAUUCAACGAUCUACUCGGAAAAAAACAAGCGACCGGUGCAGAAUUGGAACAAAUUGAACAGCCUUUGGGGGAAAAGAUCAUUACCUUUUGAAUAUGACGACGAAAUGGAAAUGCAAAAAAGAUCCCAACUCGCACAAUGGCAGAAGGCUAACGGCCUUUGGGGACGCUGA